CUGAUGCCGAUUCAUCGUCGUGCGACCAUCGCAUUUAAAAAAAAGAAAAUUACUAAAAAUCCUAAUGCUUAAUGUACGGAUAGAUAAGUCAGUGAAUUGAUAGAAAAACUCAAAAUAUUACACGUUCCAGGCAGUGUACGCGUGUGCAAAUUUACAAAAUAUCCAAAUUUCGAGCGAAAAGGUAACGUCGACGACAACGGAAUAACUAAGAGCAGCAGCGGCAGCACGAAGCGAGCAGCAGAGCACGCAGAAUAAAGAAACAAGGAAACAUUUGCACAGCAAUCCGAGCAACUGCAGCAGCAGCAGCCAGGCCAGGCCAGGCAGGCAGGCAACGACAAGAAAAACCACUUCAACAAAAGAGGAUAACAUAUUGGAAGUGCUCACACACACACACACCCAUACAGCUCACUCAACACACACAUGAGUGGAAAGAGAGACGAAGCAUUGUACGUGCUCGGUUGACGGUGGGAAAGUAAACCGACAUCUUUUUACGAGCAGAGAGUUUUGCAAUCAGAAGAAGACAGCAAGCAGCCCCAGAGAGUGUUCGUUCACAGUUGAUCGGGCCAGCCCUUUGAUAACGCACGGAGGCACAGAAAGAGAGCGAGAGAGAGAGAGAGAACAAACCUCUCACAGUGAGAUCGGAGACGGGACAGGUUGCUGCCCAACACCAAAACCAAAAACUCGAACACGCACAACGCAUUUGGAAAUCAAGCCAGGCCUAACGGAAAGUGCGUGAGCGUUUAUGCGUGCGUAAUCAAAGCUCCAAAAAGUGUGAGAGACCCCCAUUCGGUCCCAGCCAAACUGCAUUUGCCCAGCGUUGCCACAUAGCCAGUACGCGUGGGGGCGUAAAACCAGUGUUGGAUAGCACUAAGCAAGACACCAGGAAAGGAAUAAAUCCAUGAGCAAACAAACGUAAACUCAACUGAAACUCAGCGAAUUGAAUCGUUAUCCUUAUCAUCAAACAGACUCCAAAUGAAAACGAUCGUGCUCAGUCCGGACGAUCUACAGAACUUUAACAAGUUCAUCUAUGACCCAAAGUCAGCGGCCCAGCUGGCCGCCAGUGCGGGAGCGAUUGGAGCAGCGGCGGCGGCGGCAGCAGCCGUGCACGGUCAGCAGCCGGGGGGAGCGAACACCACCACAGUGCAGCUAGUAGCCGGCGGUGGCGGCCUAGGCAACUCCACAGUCGUUCAAGUCCCUACCAGCACAGCACAGCAGACCAGUGCCAAUAACCUAAUGGCACUGCACUACUAUCUGAAGCAUCCGGGAAUACAGCAGAUGCCCAGCGCCACCUCGGUCCAGCAUCAGAUCCAACACCAGCAUCAGCACCAGCAGCAGCUUUUGGCCCAGUCGCAGACACAACUAAAGCAGCUGCAGUUGAAACAGCCCACAAUCCACCAGCACCAGCAACACAUCAGCUACCACCAUCCGUACUACCAACAGACGCAGCCCCAGCUGCAGCCGCAGACACAGAUGAGCCACAGCAAUCCGCACGCACCUCUGAAGAGCCAGCAACCGCCACAGACACAUCUGCCCGUGCACGCACUGAACCAGAACUCGAACUUCUCCGCGGCCAGCUCCAGUACGGGUGGAACAGCCUCCAGUCAUGCGCCUACACAGCAGUCGAACGGCUCCAGUGUAUCACCCACCAUCAUCCAAAGGGUCGCGGCAGUGGGCGGACCAAACAGCAGUAACAUUGCAGCCGCUGCCAACGCUCUACUACGAGCCACGGCCGCCGGCAAUGCCAACACGUCGUCCUCGUCAUCGAGCUCCUCCUCCUCUUCCUCGUCGGCGUCGUCGAGCUCCUCGUCAGCCUCUUCCUCCAGCUCAACGAACUGCGCCAAGAAGCUGAAAACAGAGCCCUCACUCUCCCAGUACAAUCAGACGGAGCGCCUCAACUUCGCCAACACGUACAUCGUGUGGAGCGAGGAGCACUGGCGACGGGUGGUUUUCCACGACGAGCGACGCUUUAACCUGGACGGACCCGACGGCUUCUCCUACUACUUUCACGACUUGAGGAACUACGAGCGCACUCUGUCGCAGCGGCCGCGAGGCAACUCUGUCUACAUCUACCUGAUGAUCUGUGUGGGUGGAGCCCUCCAUCUGGAGGUCUCGUCGGCCAAGCUGCGUCCCGAGUCCUGCAUCGAGAUCGUUAUGCGUGAGCGACCCAAUAUCAUCAGCAAACUGGGUGGCGGCACAGAGUUUGUUCUGCAGGAUCACAACUGGAUUCAUUACGCACUGCCCACGGCCCAGGACCUGCUCAAUGCCGAGGGUCUGAAGACCCAGAAGUGGCCGACCAUUGCGCACGACCUCAACAUUAUGGAAAACAUCUGGGGCUGGCUCAUCCGAGAGGUGUUCGACGGCGGGCGAAAAUUCUCGCGCAAGGACGACUUGAUAUUCCGCAUCAAGGAGGCGUGGUCCCGCCUGCCGCUCGAUCUGAUCACCAAUCUGUACAGCACCCUGCCGGAGCGCAUCACGGAGUUGUACUACACACAAGGCGUCUACACGAAUUGUUGACAACCGACAGAGCAAUGUGGACGUGGACGUGGACGUGGAUGUGGUGGUCUGUUGACACCCAGCUCAGGGCACUCCCAACGGCCCAGCUUCACCGGAGUGGGAGCGGGAGUGCAGACGGAUUCGAUUGUAGGACUGCGUCCGUCUAAGGCGAACUUUCAAGACCUGAUCCUGCUGCCGAUGCCAGCACGCCAUCCCGCUUGGUUAAAAAAAUCAAUACAGAAGAAGGAAAUCUUUAUACAAUUCAACUUAACUUUUUGUGUAUAGCUUUAAGAUGUGUGCAACGGAGCAGCAGACCGUACCGGACGGACCGACCGACGGACGGACCUAAGGGAACGGAACAGAGAGACGCCUGGUUUAAGGUUAUACAGUUCUUUAGUUAUUUUAAGGAAAAACAAAACGGAAAGAAGUGGAAAAGCAUGCAAGAGAGAAAAAACAAUCGAGCGCUAGGAUUGGGCACGCCAUGUGUGUGUGGUGACACUGGCAGACACACGAAAAGUGUUGCCAUAUCGCUUUGUAAUUAGUGUUUUUAUUCCUCCCUUUCCCCGCAUCCCGCCACAUACACACACCGCCAACACCAACCCCCCGUAAUGUGUAAGGCUUAAUUUUAGUUGUCGUUUGCCUCCCUUCUACCCAAGCCUAGCCCCCGCAUCCCCUACCCCCCUUUAAAUAUACGUAUCUAGAUUAAACAUAUACAUAAAUAAUUAUUAGUUGCAAAACAAAUUUAUUUGAACUUAACUCCUUUUGUUGAUUGUUUUUAGUUAUGCAAGCGAGAGAGAGAUGAGUGGAAGUAUAGAAGAAAAAGACGCAUGAAGAGCGCAGGGGAAAUUUAUGCAAGCAAGAUGAAAAUGAAUAAAAUAAAAUAAAACUUGUAACUAAAGUAUUAUUGUAAGGCAUAGUUUUUGUUGUAGCAAAAUACGGAAAAGAACUCACGUAAAUCUAUACAGACAGACACACACAUACACACAACACACAUGAAUAAACACACGCAAGAAUCCUAUCAUGUAAAAUGUUUACGAACAGAAAUUAUAAAUAAACUAAUUAUCAAUGUAA